CUGAUGAUUAAGAGGCGGGGUCAGACUGCUGGUGGUGGAGGCGUGGCCAUGUUUGUGGCGGCAAGGGCGUGGCCAGCCUGGUGUCCGUGAAAGGGGGCGUGGUUUGAGAUGGUGUCGCAUGGGACAGCGCACACAAUUCAAUGAUCUGAGCAUCAAGUCUGACCUGGAAUGACGCUCUCCUGUUUUGAGACACUGAAUGCGGUGAAAGUAAGUGCUGAAAGGAAACGAGUUGAGAUUUGAGCUCUAGGAGCCCACAGGAGCGAUUAUUUAAUGAAGAACAAGAUCAUCAUUCAUUUGUUGACAACAUGUGCGUGCUAUGGGCGGUGCUGUGAGCAGAAACAAGACACCUUUUUCAUCAGUGGAGAAGAGGUGUUUAUCCAGUGAGCAAAGGUUCCCGUCUCUCCAUGACGUACUUGUAGACCAAAGCAGUCCGUUCAGGCAGCAGAGUGACCAGUGCACAACAUCCCACAUCUGUAAACGUACCAAACGCCAAGAGACAAAUCCUCUACCUACAUCCACGUCCAUCUUCCUGCCAGAAUUCCCGCACCGUGACGGGAGACCUACACAUUUACAGGUAACUGGGGUAAUAGCCAAAGGAUCAUUUGGCCCUAUUCUGAAGGUGAAGGACUGGUCAAAGGAGAAGACCUAUGCUAUAAAGGUUUUACCCAAAUCUGAGGUUCUGAGACAUGGAGUCCUGGAACAGUCGAAAGAGGAGGUUAAAAUCCAGCGGCAGCUCAAGCACACUUUUGUCCUCGGUCUGGAGGACUGUUGGCAGAGUCAGAACAACCUCUUCAUCAUGUGUGAUUACUGCAGCACUGGAGAUCUGUACACCUACUGGAUGCUAACAGGCCAGUUUAAAGAGAGGGAGGUUCAGGUGUUUGCCGCUGAACUCGGCAGUGCUUUAGGUUUUCUUCAUGACUUUGGCGUAAUGCACAGGGAUUUGAAGAUGGAGAACAUUCUUUUAACUGACCAAGGUCAUGUCUGCCUGGCAGAUUUCGGACUGUCUCGUCGACUUGAGCGUGGUGAAAAAGCAUUUACAAUCUGCGGGACAAUCCAAUACAUGGCUCCAGAGGUUCUGACUGGGGGUCCUUACAGCCACGCAGCAGACUGGUGGUCUCUGGGCAUCCUGUUAUACACACUGGCUGCUGGAGAGCUCCUGUGCAAGACUCCCAUGCAUCGCCUGCGCUGUCUGGAACGCUAUAUGAGUCAGAGGUUUUUUAAUGGCGUCUCAUUUGACUCUCAGGUGCUGAUGAAGAUUCCCAUUCAACCAAUCCUUGAGCUAAAGAAUCACCCUAACCGGCCGGAGAAAUCAAUGAGAGGAUUAACAUACGACCAGCUUCAGAACUUUGAAUGUGAUCUCUUUGACGCUGCUUCCUCAAAUACAGAUUUAUCGCCUGCUAUCCCUCACCAACACUGAAGAGGCCUCAGAUUCUGCAUAUGGUGCAAUAUCCUCAACCAUUUCUAGACCAGAACCAAAAAAAUUGACACUCUAAAUAUGAACUAUACAAACAUAUGUAUAUAUCUGAAAUAAACACAGCUAUAGAUUGUGCUUCUGUCAGAGUAAAGAAAAAAAGAAAAGUAAUCUUUUAAAAUAAACUAUAAACACAUAUUUAGUCUGUCCUUUGAGAAUAUUCCUAAAUGUUUGUUUUUUUCUUUUAGUAAUCUCUGUAUCCAUUGCCCUUUUUUCAAACUGGGUUUGGCUAAGCUAGAAUGGUUCUGUAGGAACUGCUUCAGGAUGUUUACUGAAUGGAAAUGAUCAUUCACAUGUGGGAUUUUGCUAGAAAUGAUUUCAAUAUAAAUUAUUGUAACUGUGAAUGGUACUAUCUAACUUUUAGACCUUGGUAUGACCUAUUUGUGAGAGCAAAGACAAACCCAAAUGGGAGCAACCUUAAUAGGGCAGAAAAUUGAAGACCAGAUAAAGCAUCAUUAUUAAUGUUUUUAAUUAGGUAUCAGGGAAAAAAAACCCAAAGCCCCUGUGGAGUAGGCUAAAUAUAACAUUAUCUCUUUGUGAUUUUCCCUGGGGGCCCCUCCCAGACCCCAUCUUUCCUGCAUGUGCAGAGUAACAUUGGAAAAUCUACCUAAAUCUGCACCAAUCAGGUUCAGCACCUGAUCAUAAUCUCUAUGAAGUUUGAGUUUUUCCUUGCCACUGUCAACUCUGGCUUGCUCAUUGGGGAUCUUCAUCUACAUCUAGAAUUCCGUAAAGCUGCAGUGUGAGAGUGUCUAUUGUUAAAUGCAUUAUACAAAUAAAAUCAAAUAGAAUUGAAUAGAUGUGAUCACUUAAUGAAACUAACUUGUGUUUUAUAUAUACACACACACACACAUUAAAACAACUGUCAGGUGAAGUGAAUAACAUUGAUUAUCUCGAUACAAUGGUAACUGUCUCAGUUCUCGAUAUCGGUGUGUUGGAAGCAGGAAAAAUGGGCAAGCGUAAGGAUCUGAGCGACUUUGACAAGGGUCAAAUUGUGACGGCUAGACGACUGGGUCAGUGCAUCCCCAAAAUAACAGGUCUUGUGGGGUGUUCCUGGUAUGCAGUGAUUAGUACCUACCAAAAGUGGUCUAAGGAAGGCCAACCGGUGAACCAAUGACAGGGUCAUGGCGCGCAAGGCUAACUGAUGUGCGUGGGGAGCUACUGCUGAAAAAGUUCAUACUGGAUGUGACAGACAGGUGUCAGAACACACAGUGCAUCACAACUUGAUGCCUAUGGGGCAGUGUAGCUGCAAAGUCAGAGUGCCAAUGAAGACCUCAUUCCACUGCCAAAAGCAUUUACAAUGGGCAUGUGAGCAUCAGAACUGGACCAUGGAGCAAUGGAAGAAGUGGCAUAGUCUGAUGAAUUAUGUUUUCUUUUACAUCAUGUGGAUGGCUGGUGCGUGUGUGUCACUUACCUGGGGAAGACAUGGCACCAGGAUGCACUAUGGGAAGAAGGCAAGCCGGCAGAUGCAGUGUUUGAUGCUCUGGGAAAUGUUCUGCUGGGAAAUCUUGAGUCCUGGCAUUCAUGUGGAUGUUACUUUGACACGUACGACCUACCUAAACACUGUUACAGACCAAGUUCAUGCCUUCAUGGCAAUGAUAUUCCCUAAUGUCAGUGGCCUCUUUCAGCAGGAUAAUUCUCCAUGCCAUACUGCAGAAAUUAUUCAGGAAUGGUUUGAGGAACAUGACAAAGAGUUCAAGGUGUUGACUCAGCCUCCAAAUUCCCCAGCUCUCAAUCCGAUCAAGCAUCUGUGGGAUGAGCUGGACAAACACGUCCAGAGAUCCAUGGAGGACCCACCUUGCAACUUACAAGACGUAAAGAAUCUGCUGCUAAUGUCUUGGUGCCAGAUACCACAACACACCUUCAGAUAUAUAUGUCUAUACCUUCUUUUUGCUCAGGCUCAUCCCUAAAGGUGGAUUGCUCAAACCUGAAUAUUUGCCUCAGUGAGAAAUGCUGCUAAAUUUAGGCCACCUCACAGCAGACAUUAACCCAGUGGAGAUUUUUAUCAGCUUAGUUCUCCAUCAAUUGUCCUUGAAAACUGGAUCAUGGAGUUGUUGAAAACAUUCACAUGGUCAUUGUUGCUUUGGGAUUUAACUGCCUACAGAAUUUUGAAUUCACAUGAAGUGAAUUUAUUCUAGUUAGACCAGUGGUGCCUGGUCUGAUUCAACAGAUUAAACAAAUGGAAAGAGGUGUGGCUCUUGCUUUGUCUGAAAUGAAAACAUCCAGCCAUUUGGGGAUAAGACUGGACACCUCUGAGUUACAUUAUUAAAGGAAUGCAACACUCUCUUGUCUCAUGGAUUGAAGUGGAAUGAAGUGGAUUGAUGUCAUUUUUGGACUUCCCUGCUGCUGUUGUCGGUUCUCU